AGCCCCUGGAGGUGGCAUCCCGUCUCGAAUAACAAGAGGCAAUAAUUUGAGAAGACUCGAUCGCUGUCCGUUACCCACUGCUUGCCUCAUUUGAGAUCUGGUAUUGCUGUCAAGCCUCACUUGAGCCUUGACAACUGGAAGGCCAGAGGUGCCUUGUCAUGAUGAGAUUUCAGCAAUCAGUGUUCCUGCCAUACUACCAUGCAACCCCUCUCAGCAUCAGCCAAUCUUCCCAAGAGUUUUUAGAUGGCCAUUCUUGCCUCGUUGCGCUCAUGCCGUCGGAGUGAAUAGCCAUUCAUUCGUUUCUGGGGAAGGAGUUGCUGUAUAGUGCCAAGGUACAAAAAUAUGCCAUCUCAUCCAGGACUGUAUGUUCUCUUCUUUUCUUCUUCAUGCUGCUGCGUUUCUCGCCCGCAGCUGGAUAUUGGCUAUCCUGUGUGUUGCUCGUGACCCUGGCGACCAACAGUCAAUUACCCGUACUGAUGUUCAAGGUAUCGGAGUGGAAGGGCACAAAUUUUGGAAUCUCAGUAUGCCUCUGGCGUGCAAACUCUUUCGUUGCAUUCAUCGGCUGGCCCGGUGGUGUGAAGAAGAAGCUGUCAAUAUCUGUGUAGAUUCAUUGGGGGAAGUCUUGUCAUUCGGCGUGGGAAUGCUCCCAUACUCCAAAGACGAAGCGAUGGAGAGUGCGGC